AUGGAAAAAGAAACAUGUCAUGGAAUGAAACCAUCAUGUGAACAAGGCCGUUUAACAGAUAUAAUAGAAAAAAAACGUAUAUGUAUGCAAUCACUUGAAACUGGUAGAUGUACACAAUAUGAACAAAGUUUUUAUUUUAAUUUGGAUAUGAGUAAAUGUCUUGAAUUUGAUUAUAGUGGUUGUGGUGCUAAUGAUAAUAAUUUUCUUGCACGUGAUGCAUGUGAAGAUACAUGCGAUAUUUUAUUACGCGGACGAACAGAGGAUGGUAAAGAUACACGUUGUAUGACAUUACCAUGGUCAGAAUGGAGUGCUUAUUCAUCUGUUUGUAGACGUGGAACACAAGUUCGAUUUCGUGCAUAUAAAGUAAAGUUUUUAGCUAUGAGUUUUUGUUCGGAACCAUUAGAAGAAUUUCGUGAUUGUGAAGUACUUUCUGAUUCAGCACAA